AUGUCAAAGAAAGAAUCUCAACAACCUCCAUCUCCACUUCCACCAAAUAAUCCACGUCAAUGUAAUUUUUGGGUAAAACGUAAAAGACGGUACUGUCAUCUUCCAAAAAAACUUGAUAAUAAUUAUUGUGGUGAACAUUUACAAUGUGAAGUAAAAGUAGGUAUAAAAAAGGAAAGAAUUCCAUGCCCAUUUGAUCCUUCACAUACUGUUUACAAGAUUGAAUUGGAAAAACAUUUAAAACAUAAAUGUAACUCGCGUCCGAAACCAACCCCAGCUUAUUUCUCUCUUGAUAUUAAUUGCACACUUCCAACACCAAUAUCCCCAAUUGAUGACAAUGAUGGUGAUAAAUCAGGUGAUGAUGGGAAAAUCACACUUUCAGGUUUAUCGAAAGAGACUUUAAACAUUUUGAUCAACAAUGUUAGAAAUUGGUAUAAUAACAAUGAUGCUGUGCCAAAGAUCAUUAGGACUGAGGUUUUGGAUCAUGAAGUUUUAAAAGAAAAAAAUAAUGUAUUUGAUCCUUUCUUAAAAAGAGAAAUCACAAAAAAUCAAAAACAUGUUAUUCAACAAAGAUUAGAAUUAUUAAAAGCAAAUUCUUGUUCCAUAGAGUUUGGAUGUGGCAAAGGCGAAUUAUCAUAUUUUAAAAAAUUAGCCAUUAAAAAAGAAGCUGAUGACAAUAAUAAUAAGUCAACAUUUAUUCUAAUAGAUAGAAAAAAUACUCGUGGCAAAUUUGAUUCAUUAAUUAGAGGAUCAUUGGAUAAUAAAUCAAUUAUCAAACGUAUAGAAAUAGAUAUUAAAGAUUUAGAUUUGUCAAAAAUCUGUGCAAUGAGUAGUUGGGCUAUAUGUGGACAACGACAAAAAUAUAAAAAAGAUGACAAUGAUUGUGAAGGAGAAAAAGAAUAUGAAGAUUAUGAUCAUGAAUCAGACUUAGUAAAAAAAGAAGAUAAUUUAGAAAUUUUGGGGUAUCAAUGUAAACGAAUACUGGAUGCUGGACGUGUCAAGUUCCUGGAGGAAAAUGGAUUUCAAGCUGAACUGAUUUAUUAUGUUGAGCCAUCAACUUCAUUAGAAAAUUUGGCAUUGAUUGCUAUUCCAAAAAAAUUGUAA